AUGCCAGGAGUCUUCUCUUACGAGUUCAACAGCAAUGUUUGGAAAGGAAAGACUGAAUUCAACACCGGUCUCUUCCUUGGUGGUGAAUUCGUCGACGGAUCAGACAAAGAGACGAUCGAUGUCAUCAAUCCAACCAACGGAAAGUUAAUUACCAAGGUUUCUUUGGGAACGAAGGCGGACGUCGAUACCGCAGUCAAACUUGCCCACAAGGCCCUUGAGACGACAUGGGGUCUGAACGCGGGUGGCGCAGAACGGGCCGCCAUGCUCCGGAAGCUUGGAGACCUGAUGUAUGAUCACAGGGAAGAAUUGGCGGCAAUUGAAGCCCUUGAUAAUGGCAAGACCUUCGGAUGGGCCCUGGAUGUAGACAUCACGUUCUCCACGGACACUAUCAAGUAUUACGCCGGUUGGGCUGACAAAAUCUCAGGUCAAACCAUCGAAACCGACGAAAAGAAGCUCUGCUACACGAGACACGAGCCUAUCGGCAUUGUCGGCCAAAUCAUUCCAUGGAACUUCCCAUUGCUCAUGCUCACAUGGAAAAUCGGCCCGGCACUCGCAACAGGAAACGCCAUCAUCCUCAAACCCUCAGAGUUCACGCCGCUGACUGCUCUUCGUAUGGCUGCGCUGAUCAAGGAGGCCGGCUUUCCGGAUGGCUCAGUCAGCUUCAUUACCGGCUACGGUCACAUCGUUGGCGAAGCUAUCUCUUCCCACAUGGAGAUCGACAAAGUUGCCUUCACUGGAUCGACACUUGUCGGUCGUAAGAUCAUGGAAGCAGCCGCCAAGAGUAACUUAAAGAACGUAACACUCGAACUCGGCGGGAAAUCGCCUAACGUUAUUUUUAAUGACGCGGACCUCGAGCAGGCUGUUGGAUGGGCUGCUCACGGCAUCUUCUGGAAUCACGGUCAAGCUUGCUGCGCUGGUUCCAGAAUCUUCGUCCAAGAAGGCAUUUACGACGAAUUCUUGAAGCGCUUCACAGAGCGAACGAAGUCUUUGAAGGUUGGCGAUCCAUUCGAAGUAGGCGUCGAUCAAGGACCUUUGGUUUCGAAGCCCCACUUCGACCGUGUCAUGGGCUACAUCAAGUCAGGAAUAGAACAAGGAGCUACAUUGCACCAUGGUGGCGCCGAGCAUACUGGCGAUGGGUUUUUCGUUAACCCUACCAUAUUCACCGACACUACUCCAGACAUGAAGAUUGUCCAGGAGGAGAUCUUUGGUCCUGUUGGCGUGGUCAUCAAGUUCAAGGACGAAGAUGAUGUCGUGCGCUUAGCGAAUGACACUGUGUAUGGUCUCGCCGCCAUCGUCUUCAGUCAAGAUAUUAAUCGGGCCCUCGAGACCGCACAUCGCCUAAAGGCCGGCACAGUUUGGGUCAACUGCGCGAACCAAUUGCACGCAAACGUGCCUUUUGGAGGCUUCAAGCAGUCAGGUAUAGGUCGUGAACUCGGAGAAUAUGCUCUGCACAAUUACACAAACAUCAAGGCCGUCCACGUCAACUUCCGUCACAGAAAGUAA